AUGGCGGUGUCAGAAGAAGGUUUUCCGGCAAGAAAACGGCUGCCGUCUGCCGGAGCAUUUGUUUCGCCGAGUUUCUCCGAUAACAAGCUCCUCCUGUCUCUGUUUCUUCUCUCUCAAGAAAUAUCAUCUCUCUCACCACUCAGAAUUCUCCUCAAGAAAAGCUCGUCCUCAAUAACGAGAAAAUCAAGGCUCCUCUCAAUCUUUUUCGAAGAGCUUCUUCGCUACCCGGUAAAUGUUUUUCCACCUUCAGCUGCCUUGUGUUUCGAAGAAUUGUACAUAAGUUUGCAAAGAAUAAAAAUUCUCCUGGAAGAUUGUUCCAGCUGUAGUAAGAUGUGGCUGCUAAUGCAAACACCAUCUAUCUCGAAUUCAUUUCAUCAACUGACCGGAGAAUUAUCGAUCCUUCUAGAUAUUUUCCCGGGAAAAGAGUUGGAUUUAAACGAAGAUGUUGAAGAGUUGUUGAAUCUGAUCAAGAAACAGUGCUCAGAAAAGGAAUCUGAUUUUGAUUCUAACGACGAAAAUCUUCGAGUUCAGGUUUUGAAAAUGCUUGACGAUAUUAAAAGAGAAAUCGUUCCUGAUACUUCAAAACUUUCACAGAUUUUCAACAGAUUGAAUUUAAGCGAUUCAACAAGUUGCAGUGCAGAAAUUGAGAAUUUAGAAGAUGAAGUGCAGAAUCAAAACGAUGACAAGUCAAAAUCCGAUAUAGUCGCGCUGAUUGGGCUUGUACGCUAUGCAAAGUGUGUGCUAUAUGGUGCCUCGACGCCUAGAACCACCAGCAGACGGCGGAGAUCGUCGGUGGAUGUGAAUUUCCCGGCGGAUUUUCGCUGUCCUAUUUCUCUUGAUCUGAUGAGGGACCCUGUGGUGGUGUCCACGGGACAAACGUAUGACAGAGAAAUUUCUCUUGAUCUGAUGAGGGACCCUGUGGUGGUGUCCACGGGACAAACGUAUGACAGGUCGUCUAUAAGCCUGUGGAUCGAAUCAAGACAUAACACGUGUCCUAAAACAGGUCAGACCCUGGCCCACACGCAAUUAAUACCCAAUCUGGCGUUGAAGAAUUUGAUAGCUAUGUGGUGCCGCGACCAGAGAAUUCCAUUUGAGUCCACGGAAACGAACGUCAAAUCUAGCGGCAUGGUUAUGAAUAAAACCGCGUUGGAAGCCACCAAGAUGACAGUGACGUUUUUGCUUAACAAAUUAACGGCGUCACAAUCGCCGGAAGCGUUAAAUCUCAUCGUUCAUGAGCUACGGAUAUUGGCUAAGAUGGACUCGGAUAGUCGAGCUUGCAUUGCCGAGGCUGGAGCUUUGCCUUUAUUGGUCAAAAUCUUAGGUUCGGCACACCCGAGCCUACAAGUUAACGCGGUUACAACAAUUCUUAAUCUCUCGAUCCUCGAGGCAAAUAAGACGAGGAUAAUGGAGACAUAUGGAGUUUUGAACGGCAUUAUCGAGGUGUUAAGGUCGGGUGCCACAUGGGAAGCAAAGGGAAAUGCAGCAGCCACCAUAUUUAGUUUGACAGGUGUACAUGCUUAUAGGAAAAGACUAGGUAAAAAGACACGUGUCGUGAAGGGAUUACUCGAUUUGGCGAGGCAAGGCCCUACAAACACGAAAAUGGAUGCAAUGGUGGCAAUUUUGAAUUUGGCGUGUGACAGGGAAGCAGUAGGGAAGUUAAUUGAGGGAGGGGUGGUGGACAUGGUUGCCAAGGUCAUCGAUUCGCUGACCGAGGAGGCAGUUACCAUCCUCGAAGUGGUAGUGAAACGGGGUGGAUUGGCGGCAAUCACGGCUGCUUAUCAUCGGAAUAUGAUGAAAAAAUUGGCGAAGGUUUUGAGGGAUGGUAGCGAUAGGGCUAAAGAAAGUGCUGCAUCCACAUUAGUUAUUAUAUGUCGGAAAGGGGGGUUGGAGAUGGUUUCGGAGCUGGCCUUGAUCACGGGAAUCGAGAGAGUGGUGUGGGAAAUAAUGGGAAUGGGGACGGGGAGAGCAAAAAGAAAGGCAGGGACAUUGAUGAGAAUUUUAAGGAGAUGGGCAGCUGGACAAAUUGAAGAUCAUGUUAACACUGGACAAUCAACAACUAUGACGAUGAAUUCAACCAGGAUAGUAUUGCCAGGAUAA